GAGAAGCAUGUGCAGCCUGUACUGCAGGAUGAUGCUGCUGUAGUGAGCGAGUUCAGUUACUCUGUGUUUUGACUGCACUGAAGUUGGUGUGUGGUGUUCAUCAUGGCUGAUGACACACUGAUGAUCAACAUCUCAAAUUAUGACCCACCGCACUCACCCCUCUCUCAAAAAAAGCAGAACUUCUCAUCAAGACAGACAUGGAAACAGAAGAAGUUAGCAAAUGGAAAACGGAGGUCUGAAGAAGGAUUCGAAGAACAUAGUCCUGCUAAACAAAAAAGGAUAGAUCCCAAGACACACCUUCAGGAUAAGACAGCGAAGGAAGAUAAGACAUUAUUUAAGUCCACUCUGAAACCUAAAACAUCUCCAAAGAAAGGACAGGAAGAAAGUAAAGGACCUGACCGACCUUUCAUUAAGACUUCAUCUCUGUUCCGGAACAACCCAGAAAUCCCAGAGGUGAUCAGUCCUGCUGUUACCCAAGUUAAAGAGAAGGUCUUUACUAGUAACUCCUUUCAAGAACUAAACCUGCAUCCCCACUUGGUGGCAACACUCAACAAAGUGUUAAAUGUAACCAGUAUGACCAGUGUGCAAAAGCAGACUAUUCCAGUGCUCAUGUCAGGCAAAGAUGCUGUUGUUCGGUCUCAGACUGGAUCAGGAAAAACACUGGCGUAUGGCGUCCCUUUGAUCCAGUCCUUACAAGCAAUGCAACCCAAAAUAAGGAGAUCUGAUGGGCCUCUGGCAGUUGUUAUUGUACCUACGAGAGAGUUGGCACAGCAAAGCUUUCAAAUCUUUCAGAAGCUUCUGAAGCCCUUUACCUGGAUUGUACCUGGUGUCUUAAUGGGAGGAGAAAAAAGGAAAGCAGAGAAAGCAAGAUUAAGGAAAGGCAUAAACAUAUUGAUCUCCACCCCAGGCAGGCUGGUGGACCACAUCAAGAACACUCUCAGUAUCGCUUUUAGUGCUGUACGCUGGCUUGUCCUGGAUGAAGCUGACAGGACUCUUGACAUGGGCUUUGAGAAAGAUCUUACUGUAAUACUCAAUGCACUGAAUGCUGGUGGAUCUACACGGCAGAACGUGCUGCUCUCUGCCACACUAACAGAGGGACUUUCUCGCUUAACUAGCAUUAGCAUGAACGACCCAGUUUACAUCCAGAUCUCAGAAGCCACUAUUGAAAACAUGGAAGCAGAAGAGCCCUCACCUUUAUCCCACAAUGCUCAGCAGGCUGACAGCUUUUCUGUCCCUGACAGGCUGCAGCAGUUUAUGGUAGUAGUGCCCAGCAAACUGCGUCUGGUCUGCCUUGCUGCAUUUAUUCUGGCUAAGUGUAAGUUUGAGCGCAAUCAAAAGCUCAUCAUCUUUGUAUCGAGUUGUGAGGCAGUGGAGUUCUUAGUCACAGUUCUGUCUUUGGUCCUGUGUGGCAAACUCGGCACCGCAAACAAACAGCAGUCGUCAAUCAACUUCCUCCGGCUCCACGGCAACAUGGAACAAGAGGAGCGGACGGAGGUGUUUCAGGAAUUCUACCAGAGUAACACUGGUGUCCUGCUGUGUACGGAUGUUGCUGCAAGAGGGUUGGACCUUCCUCAAGUGACAUGGAUAGUACAGUAUAACCCUCCAACAUCUGCAGCAGAGUAUGUGCACCGCGUGGGCCGAACAGCACGGAUUGGAGCUCAGGGCAAUGGUCUCCUCUUCCUUACUCCAUCUGAGACUGCCUAUGUGGACGUUUUGGCCAAUCACAACAUCAGUCUUAGCGAGCUGAAAAUGGAAGACAUCUUGUCAAAUCUGAUGCUGGAUGAGCGCUUUAAAGGCAGAGGAAAUUGGGACAAAAAGAAAACUGCCGGUGCGAGAGAGCAAGAUGUGCGAGAGAGAGCCACGGUUUUACAGACAGACUUUGAGAACUUUGUCCAUAGCAGCACAGAGUCUGUUCAGGCUGCUAAAAAGGCCCUACAGUCAUUUGUGAGGGCAUAUACAUCAUACCCAUCUGCCCUGAAGUCCAUCUUCCACAUCCGUCACCUCCACCUCGGCCAUGCUGCCAAGAGCUUCGGUUUGAGAGAUGCACCACAGGGUCUGUCCUCCAGUAUCAGCACAUCUAAAGAUAAUGGAAAAGACAAGAAAAAGGCCAAAGACAAUAAAAGACCCCUUGGUAGGCUGAACGCCAAAGAGAGGGUAGCCAGCUUGAUGCGCUCAGAGUACACCAGUGGGAUAGAUGGAGAGUCCAAAUCCAAGAAGAAGAGGAAAAAGAAGAAUGUGCACACACAAGAGAAGGAUGAAAUAGAAGGGUGAAUGAGAACUAUGCUGAAUGUGCUAGUAAAGCUGAUGUUGCAAAGACAUUUUGGUUUUUAUUUGUACUAUAUAUGAGUAGUAUGAUUUGGGGUUAAAUGAUUUGAUGCAAUUUGCAUUAAUGUAUGAUAUGUUAAGAAGCAUAUUGAUAAACUCCUAUUUUAAUUG